CUAGUGAAUCCUGCCAGAGCCCGUCUUCUAGUAGAAAUUCUCUGACAAGGAGUGUGAUUCUAACCUCGAACUCACUAUUUACUUUGUAGUUAGCGCUUAAAUGUUAAAGUUACUUUGACUUGCAAACUUUUUAUACUUCUAUGAAAAUGGUAUGUGGUGACAUGGAAUCGAUUCCGUGAUGAACAUGACAUUAAGUUAUGCCAGCAAGGUGUCAGUAUUUUUAAAGAAUUUAUAAAUCAACCAACAAUGCUUCAACAAAAACUUCCAAUCAGAACUCUUGUGUUCCUGGGGCUCUGUCAGUUUGGUCAACGAGGUCUUGCCUCUGCCCCAGAGCUCCGAGAUCAACCCAAGAAAAUUGCCAUAGUUGGAGCAGGUAUCGGAGGCACCGCCGCUGCAUACUUUUUGCGGCAGGAGUUUGGAGCAAGCGUAAAGAUCGACAUCUUCGAGACAGGAACGGUUGGGGGCCGUCUGGCCACAGAAAACAUUGCAGGAGCCGAGUAUGAGACAGGAGGAGCCAUCAUCCACCCACUCAACCUGCACAUGAAGCACUUUGUGGAUAAACUAGGGCUGAAUCCACGUAAGGAUGUGCCCUCUAAAAUGGCCAUCUUUGAUGGGAAGGAGUUGAUGUUCGAGGAGAGUGACUGGUUCAUUGUCAACAUCCUGCGGUUGCUAUGGCGAUAUGGGUUCAAUUUCCUUCGCAUGUACAUGUGGGUGGAAGGCAUUCUGGACAAGUUCAUGAGAAUCUACCAAUACCAGCAGUUUGGCUAUGCCUUCUCCAGUGUUGACAGGCUCUUACAUGCGAUGGGUGGGGAUGCCUUUCUCACCUUAGCCAAUCAGACACUGGAGGAAGCCAUGAUGGGGGAGGGCUUCUCUCAGAGCUUCCUGAAUGACAUUGUGGCCCCUGUCACUCGUGUCAAUUAUGGCCAGAGUGUCCGCAUCAAUGGUUUUGUGGGGGCUGUGUCUCUGGCCGGGGCGGACUCAGGGCUGUGGGCAGUGGACGGAGGCAAUAAGAGGGUGUGCUCCGGCCUCCUGUACCACAGCAAGGCAGAGCUCAUCCAGGCACGCGUGACCGCCAUCGCAAUCAAGCACAGAUCCUCCAAGAGUGGUAACUCCGUUAACCUCUAUGAGGUCAAUUACUCCAGCCAAUCAGGCUCAGCUCACUCACUCUACGACAUUGUGAUCGUGGCCACGCCCCUGCACCAGGGCCUAUCGGACAUCGCCUUUGUGGGCUUCUCCCCGCUCGUCCCCUCCCACUUUCCCGGUCGCUACCACCAGACGGUGGCCACGCUGGUGCACGGCCUGCUCAACGUCUCCUACCUGGGUUCGGGCGCAGACCCGGCCCAUUUCCUCUACUCGGACAUCCUCACCACUGACCACAAGUGGCUGGACAUUCAAAGCCUGAGUUCCCUGGACCCGGUGAGCAUCCCUCCGGGCUACGUGCGAUCGCCGGCGUCGCAGCCCGGCGUGUGGAAGGUGUUCUCGCCGCGCCCGCUUACGCAAGAGCAGCUGAGCGCCAUCUUCGCGUCAUGGGACGUGGUGUCGGAGAGACGCUGGCUGGCGUACCCAGCGUACAGCCCCCCACACCGCGGGACGCCGCCCUUCGAGCUGCACGAGCACCUCUACUACCUGAACGCCAUGGAGUGGGCCGCCAGCGCCAUGGAGAUGAGCGCCAUCUCGGCCCGCAACCUGGCGCUGCUGGCCCACCACCGCUGGCACGGCCAGGCACCCAAGGUGGACCAGGAGGACCUGCACACCCGCCUGAGGGGGGAGCUAUAGAGGCGUGGAGGCAAGGGGACAGCAGGCGCUGGUAAGGGGGUGGAGAGGAGGAGACAUGGAGAUGUGCCUGUGAGGUGACUCUCUUUGCCUCUGUUAGUUUCGUCAAACGCUCACAGCCACCUAAAACUAUUCCCCCAUCCCCAAUGAUUAUCCCUAAAGUAGUGCUGCAUAAUCAGAUAUGAAUGAACACAUCCACCAGAAGACAGCCAUAGUUAAACGAAUAUGCCACAGGCAAACAGAGCAAAAGCAUUGAUUUCAAAGGAUAUUUUAAAGAGAAUAGACCGAUAAAUCUGUUGGUGUCAGUAGCGACUAUUCUUAUACUUAAAGUAAGGAGGUUUGAUCUAAACCUAUCAAGCAAACUAAAAGCCAUAUAAAAUCCUCACAAACACCACCAAGAGCCCAAAUGGCACUGAUAAAAGCUGGCAAGCAAGGUGUCUUUUGGUGAUACAGUUGGUGAUGUUGUGCUUUUUCUCACAUUUUCGCUAGGUGUUUCUUCCUACACCACAGAGCUACAUCGUGCAGAGCCUGGGCGGCUAGUGGGAAUGACCGAUGAGUUUAUCUGUCCUUCACAUGACCAUGUUUCAUGAAAAUUGUUGCAUAGUGUGGCUUUAAAUAUUAGCCCUUCUGUCCACGAAACACAACUUUUGGAGUUUCAAAUAGGAAGAGCAGCUUUGAUGUUUUUGGAAGGGUUCAUUCAUCAAAAUUCAAAACAACAAAGGGACAAAAAACUAAAACAAAACAGAUGCUGGUGCCUGCUGUUGCUGGACCUAACGUACUAACCUUAGAAGUGCUAGCUAGAAGUGAACAUUGUUUGUAAUUUAAUUACCAGACCAGUGGUCCUCCAUGAUCACCAACUUUUAUAUAGUUUAGAUGUCAUAAUAAAAAAAGAGGUUUGUAAUACAAAAAUCCACCAUGAAAGACUUCCAAGCUGUUUUAAGACACAUAUUUGAUGCUGUGUGACUCUAUUUCUUGUACUACAUUUACAAGUGUAUUCGAGAUGUGAAAUUUCCAACAGUUUAGUUGUCAGCUCCAGUGAUCAAGAGAAAGACUUUAUUCUUGACUCGCCAUUUUGAAAUCAUACCGAAAGUGAAGCAUAAAGACAAACAAGUCUAAACAUACUAGGGCUCAACAGGUCAGCAUGUAAUACAACGUCAUGACUAU